GUAAAAACAAAAAACAAAACUUGUGUUCAGAGUCACUGUCAUCACGCAGUUUGGUGCGCGAGACAAGCUAAAUAUCACAAUAUUUUAUUUCUAUAAUAGAAAAAAAUAAUUUAGAGAUAAACGCAGUUGAUAUUUGAGCUAGUAAUCGCUCUCACAUGGGGUAGACCCUAAGAAACGUUUGAUCCGCCAAAUCUCAUAAAAAUUCAAUCUUCGUAGAUUGUACUGAUUCUACCAUCUUCUUCGAGCAAUACCCUCAAGCACAGCAUCGUAUUCUCAGAGCUUCAAAAUCAAUGGGACAAAUUAUUGAAAAAUUCCAAGGUAAGGACUGGAAAGAAAAACAGAUACGACUUAUUACAGACAGAGUUUUCGAUAGUUUAAAGAAUGAUACUGGAAGGGCUACUCUGACAUUUGAAGAGCUUUAUAUUGCUGUCUUACUUGUAUUCAAUGAUCUUAAUAAGCGUUUGCCUGGUCCACAUUUUGACCCCCCUACAAAGGAGCAAGUUAGGAACUUGAUGCAGGAAUGUGACAUAAACCUCGACGGUGAGCUGGAUCGUGAAGAGUUCACAAAAUUUAUACGCCAAAUUACAAAAGACACAUUUAUCAGUGUGAGUCAAGGAUUGAUCAUCACACUAGCUGUUGCCCCAACAGUGGCUUUGCUAACGAAAAGGACGACUGAGAAUGUUCCGGGUGUGGGGAAAGUGGUUCAGAAACUUCCGAAUUCAGUUUAUGCGUCACUCGUGACUCUUGUGAUUGUUGCUUUUCAACAAGGUUGGACUGAGACGCUUGUGAGCCUAACCUGA